AUGACAAGUAUUCCUAAAUCGAACGAAAUAGUCUUUGUAAAGAACUACUACAACAUGCUCUGCAAUAGACCAUCACUUAUCCACCAGUAUUACAUGAAAGAUUCCCAGAUCACAAUAAAUAAAGAAACGGGCAAGCCUGAGAUAUGUACAGAGGAUUUCGGGAAGUACAUCAAAUCCAAGAUAUCUAGCCCGAUUUCAAAGGUGUUUAUAUCCCAUCUAUCUUGUCAAAAAACAGAUGAUUUGAAAUCAAUCAUAAAUGUCAUUGGGCAGUUUGUUUACAGCGAUUUGACGCAGGUAAGGAUAGCUCAUCAGUUUAUUGUGUCGAAGAUUGACUCCACCUUAUAUAUAAAGAACGAAAUCUUGACGUUCCUUGAUGAAGAAGUCGUUUAUGAAACAGAGAGCGAUGCAAAGAGGGUUGUCGCUGUGCUUUGUGGUAAGAAUAGCAUGCUUCAAGCGGCCGGUGUGAUUUCCGAGUUUGGAAAGAUUAUAUCCAUAAAGCUCGAAAACGACGACAGGGUUGUUAUGACGCUAAAUAGUGCAGAGGAUGUGGAGAAUAUCAAAAGAAAUGCUGCAAAGAUUGUUUCACAGGGAUACAAGCUUGAACUUGAUGGUCUAAAGAUAUGA